CUUACGCGCGUCGCCUUUGCUUUUUGUACUCUAUUCGCUUUAAUUCGUUUCAUUUCGCUGCAGCAUGUCAGAUUACGAGGAUGAGGCCUCAGGAAUUAGCAAAUUGACACCAGCAUGGCUCGCCAUGCCCAGCCCCAAGGCACUGCUGGACCGCACAACCAAAUUCGUCCUGAAUGCCGCGCAUGGCAAGUCACGCUCACUCAUCCCAACCACCGACAACAACAACAGGAACGGCACGUUUAACGAGACCGGCAUAGUCGACUGGGAGGAAGAUGAUGACGUAUAUGACGAUGAGGAGGAUGAGGAGGAACUCGACAGCAGUCUCUAUGAAGGCGGCGAUGACGCGAUGUUUGGCCAAGACAGUCGGCGGUACAUUCGCCGGGCCAGAGACGGCACACUUCUGGUCAACGAGAAUGACGUGCUGAUGGGCUUCUGGAACUCGUCGCAGAUAGUCUCAGAUAUGGACGACAAUAGGGGACAUGACGACGACCAACACAGUGCACGAUCAGUGACACCACCAGGCAUGCUGCGGAUCCGGCCAGUGUCCCUGAAGCAGAGAGGGAUGGUUCCACAGCGUAAACGUACGGCAACCCGGCGGUGCAGCAGCACAGCUUCUCGGCAGUUGCACGCAGUUAUGAGCGAAGCAAAUGUCGUCGAAGAUGCACAUGAGCCCGAGCUGCUGGCCCAGGCAGUCGAUGAUAUAGCCAUUGUAACGGCUCCAGCGAGGCGUCGAGCGAGUCAGCGGCUAUUUCACCGCAGGAUGAAGAAGAUUACGUUUAUUUCGCUGCCACCGCGGGUGAUAGCACGAAUUCUGAUGUUUCUUCCUGUCCCCGAGAUGUUGAGUGUGUCUAAUUCCUGUCGUAUUGUGCGCCGUGUCAUGUGCAGAAAUGAGCCUGGCGGCAACGUGCACCGCGCCGACGACGGCAAUGACCAGGAGCUGCAGGAAGAUGUGGGUGAUAGAGCAUACACAAUCCUGGGAAUCCGCGUCUGGCGCAUGAUGAUCCAGAGGCUCGGCUGGCGGGUGUGGCAUGAACGCGAGCGUGGCAAGGAGCGGCGGCAGCGCAUAUCAAUCCCCAAGAGUCACGGGCGCCUGCUGAAGGAAAUCUGCGGCGUCGAGGACGAGAGCGAGCUGCUCGAUAUCAUGGCCAGCGAGCCUGAUCUGCUGUUCAAAGCGGUCUACGACGAUUUGAUCAGGGAUUACCACUCGUUCCGCACACUGGAGAACAGCAUCGCGGCGAUCUUUCGCAGUGGACCCAAUCCAAAUGUGCCUGCGCGCGUGUCGCAAAAACAGCGUAUACUGCGUACGCCUGCCGAGGUAGCCGAGCGGCUGGAUCAGCUGCUGUGGUUCGGGCGCGGGCAGUUUGCCUUCGAUGCCGACCAGAUCAACCGGCGGCUCGUGGUGUUGACAGACAAGUUUGAGUCGGCUUACCGCGACCGAUUCAGGCAGGCAUUUGUUGACGGCGACUGUGAGAGAAUGCGCGAGUUUGCUGGUGUUCUGGAACACAUUCGAGAAGGGCGCGGGUGUAUCCGGAUCCUGGUAGACUCGCACCCGCUGUUCAAUUGCUACGAGCAAAUGGACUCGCAGUAUGCAUUGGUCUUGCGUACCAGUGACCAGGUCAUCGAUGCGCAUACUUUCGAUGUCUUUCUGGACGGGCUGCAGAGGACGAUCCACGAACAUGCGCGUGUUGUGUCAUUGGCGCUGCCGCUGCCCACACUGCCGACCUCUGCGCUGUACUGUUUUAUCCAGGCGCUUUUUAGCAACGACGGUGUUGCUCUUAACACGCUGAAGAAACUCUAUGCCCAUCUGCGGUCGAUCCCAGUUGGAGCCAGCCCCGAGCCAGCCGCCCGCUAUGGCAAGCCAACGCAGGUGGUGCCAGAUGAGGCAACCAAGGAUAUUCUGUAUCUGACAACUGUGGCCGACAUUGUAGCACAGCUGCUGGUAGCAUCUGAUAGCUGGUCCGCAAUGGACCCGGUUGCAGUUCCAAGCGAGCUUGGCCGGCGAUGCGUGUUCUCUGCCUUUGACGAUGUGAUCCAGGAUUACGUGCAGCUAGAGCGCCGAAUCAUCGAGCGAGCCUACGAGGCCGAGCUGAGUCAAUGGCUGACCAAGACCAAGGCAGACCCUUUCGGCUCUGGCGGCGGCAGACACGAUAAUGCGCAUGGCAGCAGCGGAUCUGCAAACGAUGGCAGCGGAGCGGAGCGAUCGCGACGGGACUCGGUAGCAUCCGCCUAUGGUGGCACGGUAGAAUCGAUACGACUGGUCAACUUCCACCAGCGCGAGCAGCAGAUGCAGGACUACAAGCUGCAUGUACUGACAGUGCUCGAACGCAAGCUCAACAUCAGCCUGCCGGCUGAAGCACUUGGCGUCAAUCUCGACAGCGCUGAUACAGCGAAAGUAGCAGAGCGUGCGGGUUCGAGCGACAUACAGGAUCAACUGGAUGCAUUGGCCAGAGAGGGAGAUCAGCCGGCAGCUGCAAUAAGCGCUGGCAGUUUUACAGAUGAGCAGCUGGAGACAGUAGUAGAAGAGUCUGGGAGAGCGGAAACUCCAGCAGCGGCUGUCAGAAAAUGCAGUGUAGGGGAUGCUGCUGGCGAGCAUGGACGUGGACAUGCUGAGCUUGCAGGAUCGCUGGCACGUAGACGAUCGAGCGUUGCGCAAGCUGAGCCAUUGAGGAGGACUGUUGUCGGCGACAUGCUGUGGAACUCGCCAAUCAGCAUGGAUCUGUGUUUGAACAUGGUCCUUACCAACAGAGACGCGAUUACCCGUCUGUCAGUGUUCGCUGAGGCACCGCCGGAUAUGCGGCUGCGACGUCUAGCGUAAGUACUUUGGUAUCUGCGUGGGUGCGCUGGAUUUGGCAACUGGAACCGCGCUGGGACCGAUUGACAUGCGCUGUUGAGGGGCUGUACCGGAAUGCAGUGUGUCCUUCCGGCAAUGCAUUUGGGGAGAGAAGGCCAACCAGCACAUGCCACCUUAAUGCAACCCAGGCCCGCGCUGUCUGUUUGGGCUUUGGAUCCCCCCGCUUUGUGCCUUCUCUUGCAUUCGAGUUCUAUGCAGAGUGCAUAUGCAGAUGGGGAUCUUGCAAACAUUUGCCAGUGACUCUGC